AUGACUAUCCACCCAGAUGUGUCGGGUCGUCCACACGUCCUGCUCAUGCAUGAGCGCAUAAUUGAGCACAUCAACAAGCAUGAGGGUGUGAGAUGGGUGACGAUGGCCGAGAUGAGCGACCACUUCAAGAGCAAGAAUACCCCAGCACCUGGAGCCCUGAUGCCUGCAGAUGCACAAGAGGUCAUGCGUAGGUAUCAUGAGUUCAAGAACAAGCAGGCGUGA